UUACAUAUACUUUAUUUCAACUGUCUAAUGCUUAACAAAAGCAGCAAACUUCGUUAACGAGAGAGGCCCCUGUGAGUUUAAAUUAUCAUCACAAUAAUAAUAGUCGCUAUUCAUGACCAUCUACAAUUUGACUCGCAGCUAAUAAAAAAGCCUCUAUACCAAAGUUCUAUAUUACAGAAACAAUCAUCUUUCCAUUGGGCAUGAAUUGUGUCUCCAUCUAGUGGUUCACGCUGGCGUGAAAAAAAAUUCACCAUCAACGCCUUCGACUCCUCUUUCUCCAACCCGCCCAUCUCGUUCUCACUUCACCAGUACUAAGGAACAGUAGAAAAGAAGAAACAAUGGAUAGUUGGGAGGAUUUUUUGGUUGAUGAUAAGGCUGCAGAGGAUUUCAGCUUUACCGGAGCUGCUGCUAAAUCCAAGCCUGCAAAGGCCACCAAACGAUUUGAUGACGAAGAGGAGGAGCAGGAAAACCUGAGCUGGGAGGAUCAAGUCAAGUCCUCUACUUCCUCGGAGACUCAUGCUUCUGAAAAGAAGCAGUUGAGUCGUGCUGAACGGAUGCAGCAACGCAUCCAUGAACGAAAGCUUGAGAAGGCCAUUUCUGAGGCUGAGAAGUUGGCAGCUGCUGAACAACAAACCGUCUCAAAGAAGGAAGCCCAAGCUGCAGAAAUCGAGUCGGACUUGGCUAAUGCCAUGGACCUUUUCGACAUUGUCGACCAAAACACCGCCAGUGGUCAUAGAGCUCGUGCUGCUGAGGCUCGUGAACUCAAAACAGCCGCCGACUUUGCCAAGUUCCAAGCGGAAAUUUUGAAGAAGCUUCUCAACACACAUACUUCCAAGGAAUACUUGAAGUUUUGCCAGGACCUUAUUCCUUUGUUGUUAGAGACUCUCCCUGCGUCUGAAAUUAAGAACAUCAACAAAUCGAUCAACAAGCUUGCUCUCGGAAAGGAGCAAGAAGAAAAGGCACGCAACAAGCCUCGUGGUGCCCGUGCUCCUGCACGCGUUUCUGUUCCCGCUUCUUCUGCAGCUAAGAAGCCCGCUGGUAAGCCUUCGCUCAACCUUAAUGCGAAGAAGACCGCCGCAGACAAAUCGGUUUACGAGGAUUAUGUGGCCGACGAGUAUGACGACUUCGCCGAUGACUUUGACGAUUUUAUGUAAUCGGACCUAUUGGCUCGUGCGGUGCGUUUAUUCGACCAUUAACUUAUAAUUCGUGGGUAUUUGUCCGUGUACUCAGUGUACGCCGCGAGAUUUUUAUUCCAGCAUAUCCAUGUCUUCAGCCACUUGUUUAAGAUCGUACUGGCAUCCAUCGUUAAAUGAACGAAGCAUCUCUAACCUACGUCUUCCCGUUAUCGAUGUGUCUGUGCUGGUGAAGAAUUUUUGCACUCCGUGAAGUAGUAUUUGAACGUCAAGAGCGCUGAUGGACUUGUUGGGAUCAAACUCGCUGAGCGUGAGCACUAUCUUUUUUGUUUCUGAUAACUCUGGAAAAUGCAGAACAGUGGUGUGUGGAACUGCAUAUUCACGGCGAAGCUUGUACUCAAGCAACGUCGUCAGCACAAGAUGUGCUGUGUUCUCCUGUGGAAACAACCAUUGUAAUAUAUGCGUUUCUAACCCUUGUUGGCCUCGAGGAAUUGGCAGCACGAAUACUGGGUAUCGUUUUGCCGUUUCCAGCAUUCGUUUAUACAUCGAAGCUGGCAACACCGCCCCCACAGUACACGGCCUUCGUAAACAAAAUUCUUUCCACAAUUCCGUUGCUUGUUCUGUUGUUAAUGUUUCAACUUUAUCAAGAUCAACAAAAUCAUGUAGUUUUUUCAAGUUAGUUGUUGAAUCCAGUC